UCAUCGUCGAACACGUAGCCGAGCCAGACCAAAACAAACUCGUCGUGAAAUUCACCAGCCAAAUAGUGAAAUCAGUCCGCAAUAAAGUGAUGAUUUUCGUUUAAAUUGUGUAGAAUUAGUGCAACCGAGAUAGUUCUGCCUCGCCCGGUACCGGCUACCAUCGAUUCCAACUGUUAGGACAUUCGCUUGCGCGUUAAACCACCGCCAUGUCAUCGGACAUCCAAACAUGGUAUAAACAGGUCCCGAUUUUCACGCGGAUGUGGCUGACCGGAACGGUCGGAAUAAGCCUACUGGCCCGCUUCGGCAUUCUUCCCCCGCAGUAUCUGAUCCUGCAGUCGGUGCCGCUGUUCCAGAAGUUGCAGCUAUGGCGACCAAUGACGGCAGUAUUCUUCUAUCCGCUCAAUCCGGCCACCGGAUUUCACUUUAUGCUGAAUUGCUUCUUCCUGUACAACUACUCGAAGCAGCUGGAGACGGACCACUUCAAGCAGAAACCGGGGGAUUACUUCUAUCUUCUGUUCUUCAACUGGAUUCUGUGUCUGUUGAUCGGGCUGCUGAUGGAUUUGCCGCUCCUCAUGGACCCGAUGGUGCUGUCCGUGCUGUACGUCUGGUGUAAGCUAAACAAGGACGUGAUCGUCAACUUCUGGUUCGGAACGCGCUUCAAGGCCAUGUACCUACCGUGGGUGCUGCUCGGCAUGAACUUGAUCCUUUCGUCGGGAAGCAUUUUCUCGAUCGUUGGCAUCCUGGUCGGUCACGCGUACUACUUCCUCAAGUUCAUCUACCCACAGGAGCUGGGCGGUCCGAGUUUACUAGAGACCCCUGCCAUCAUCAAACGCUACAUCCCGGACGUGAGCGGCGGAGUGCACGGAUUCGGCGUUCCUCCGGUGGGCCAACGCGUGGUCAACCCCCAACAGCAGCAGCAGCAACAACAGCAGGGUGGGUUCGGCUUCCGGCACCAGUGGGGCCGAGGACACGUUCUGGGCCGGGACUAAGGUAAGCAAGAACUUGUGAUGGACGUCUAGCAAAAGUGAGAUCUUGUAGCUUUUUACUCAUCGUCUACCGAAAAGAAUGGAUGUGUUUCCGUAACUGUAUGAGUGUUAGGAAGUAGACUAAACCGUGCAUUUUUUCGCGCUCGGAUAUUGUGAAUUUAGUAUCGCUCGAGUCCGGAGGAAUUUGAACGAAUUAAACAAAUAUAUUGUGAAGGAUACGCAGAA